AUGCAGUCUUGCCAGUUGUCAACCGACUGGCAACACCAUAGCACAUCAUGUUUGCGACGCUGAAGUUUGCAGCGUUGUUGCUCGCGGUUGUUGUCUGCUGGGCAACGCAAGAUUAUGAUUAUAAUGACGCUGAAAUAGACGAGGAGCCUACUCUGGGUGAUUCUCCAUAUGGAUCUCUUUGGCCGUUGCCUCAGAAAGUCAAAAUAUCCACGGUAGUAUUCAAACUCAGCGGUGCUAGCUUCCAUAUAUUCGACGCUAAAGAAUCGUCUUCUGGUGCGAGCUGCAGACUUCUUCAAAAUGCAUAUCGAAGGUAUGAUGAGUACAUCUUUACCAGUUCUAGAAAACAAGGGCAAAACAAGAGCAAAAAGGCAUUGGCCUCUGACAUGUCUGAAUUACAGGUGUGGAUCACAUCAGCUGACUCUGAGUGUGACAGCUACCCCAGUGUGACAUCUGACGAGUCAUACAAACUGUCAGUGGACUCUCCUGUUGCUGUGCUGAAAGCACCUAAGGUGUGGGGAGCUCUGAGAGGUCUGGAGACUUUUAGCCAGUUGGUGUAUAAGGAUGAAUAUGGAGCAAAAAGCAUCAAUAGGACAGACAUUCACGACUUCCCACGGUUUGCACAUCGAGGCCUCUUAUUGGACACCUCUCGUCACUUCCUGCCCAUCAAAGUCAUUUUAGCCAAUCUGGAAGCCAUGGCGUGGAACAAAUUCAAUGUUUUCCACUGGCACAUAGUAGAUGACCCCUCCUUCCCUUACCUGAGCCGUACCUUCCCACAGCUGAGUCAACAUGGAGCAUACCACCCGUACACACAUGUGUACACGCCUUCUGAUGUGAAGAUGAUCAUCGAGUUUGCUCGCCUAAGGGGCAUUCGGGUUGUCCCUGAGUUUGACACCCCUGGGCACACUCAGUCAUGGGGCAAAGGGCAGAAGGACCUGCUGACCCCCUGUUACUCUGGAGCCAGCCCCUCUGGUUCGUUCGGACCGGUCAACCCCAUGCUCAACACCACCUAUGACUUUAUGAGCAUGUUCUUCAAGGAAGUCAACACAGUGUUCCCUGAUGCCUACGUCCAUCUGGGAGGAGACGAGGUCGACUUCAGCUGCUGGAAGUCCAACCCUGACAUCCAGAAGUUCAUGGAGCAGCAAGGCUUUGGGAUGGACUACAGCAAGCUGGAGUCUUUCUACAUCCAGAGGCUCUUGGAUAUCGUCACCACUACCAAUAAGGGCUACAUGAUCUGGCAGGAGGUCUUUGACAACGGUGUUAAGUUGAAGUCGGACACGGUAGUGCAUGUGUGGAUGGGGAACAAGGUGGAGGAGGAGCUUCAGAAGGUGACGGAGGCAGGCUUCACCACCAUCCUCUCCGCCCACUGGUACCUAGACUACAUUAGCUAUGGACAGGACUGGCAGAAGUUCUACAGAGCCGAACCGCUCAGCUUCAAGGGCACAGAUGCCCAGAAAAAGCUGGUGAUUGGAGGAGAGGCAUGUCUGUGGGGAGAAUAUGUGGAUGCUACCAACCUGACCCCUCGACUCUGGCCCCGUGCCAGUGCUGUGGGGGAGCGGUUGUGGAGUGACAGGGAUGUGAGGGACCUAAACGAUGCCUACAGUCGUCUAGCCAAGCACCGCUGUCGCAUGGUCCAGCGUGGUAUCCCAGCUGAGCCUCUCUUUACAGGUUACUGUGCACAUGAGUACAAAGGGGUAUGAAAAGUGAAGACCACUGUGAUUGUCUUCAUGUCUUCAUUGAUGCACUGAUACGAGCCAAAAUGUGUUUAAAAACAAUCCUCAUUCCAUGUAAUGUCACAUUGAUCUUGUUUUUAGAAAACCAUUUUUAUAUGAAUGUAUGAUUCAAAUGAUUAAUAAUUACAUUUUAGUCAAUUCGCAGAUGCUCUUAGUGACUUGCAGUAGUUAGUGCAUACAUUUUCAUAUUUUUUUUAUACUGGUCCCCCGUGGGAUUCAAACUCUGAAAUUGCAAACUUCAUGCUCUACCAACUGAGCCACACGGGACUUUAAUAAUAAUAAUAAACCUUGUACAGUGCUGUGGACACCUGAAGUGUGAUAGUUUUACACACUCAUGGAAAUGACACAUCAUCACACGAUCAUCUUUCAUACAAUGUACAUACAUUUUCCUACAAUAUGUUCAGCAGCACUACUAUAUGCCCUCAUACACGGACUACCAUGUUCUUGAUUAAUCUGUUUGCACGGCAAACACCCUUAGAGUAUUGACAGUGGCAUUCCUGGCUUACAUUUACAUUCAAACAUCAUGUAUAUUCCACAGAAACAUACUAUAACAACUGAAUUGUGCUCUUGUUCGGUACAAAAGUCCAUUAGUCCAAUCCUAGUCUCUUGUGAGUGUGGCCAUGCCACAUGCUUGAACUGGAUGCUGAGAUUUAUCAAACCAUAACUGUUCAGUUUCGAAGUGCAACAAUCUCAAAUCCUGCAGCCAUUUCUUGUAGUUUAGGAACAGGAGGUGGCGUCAUCAGGCGAGGCCAGACAUCUUGUUGAGCAGUGUUCUGGUGCUGGAGGUUCAUGGCCAGCUGGAAGGAGAAGGUGGCGUUGUCAGAGUUUGUAUCUGUCCCAUUAUGGCGUCUGAGAACAUGAGCGGCGCCAUGAGGGUACAGUCUCCGUUUUGUAGUCCAAAUUCUGUGAGCUGGCAAACAAACUGAAAGGGUGCACACUGCCACCUAGUUGGUUUGAACGGGUAUAAGGUCAAGGUAACUUGCAGUUAUGGAAUGUUUCCUCACGGUUGACUACUUCAAAAUAGUGAAAUUCCUCAAUGGCGCUGCCCAUGCUAAAACAGGCACUAGAAUCCUAUCUAUCUCUAUGGUGCUAACUGAUGAGUCUACUGUACUCUAUUUUUAAUCUCAUGUGAGUGAAAUGCUCACACUGCCGAGCCUUGACCUCCCACCAACAUGUCUGGGGAAAUGGACAUCAUGCGUCCUCUGACCGCACUGCUUCUCAACACAGCGCGCAUCCAACCCGGAAGCCAGUCGCACCAAUGUGCGUGCACCUGGCAACCUUGGUUAGCGCGCAUUUGCGCCCGGCCCGCAAUAGGAGUCGCUGGUGCGCGAUGAGACAAGGAUAUCCCUACCGGCUAACCCCUCCCUAACCCGGACAACGCUAGGCCAAUUGUGUGUCGCCCCACGGACCUCCCGGUCGCGGCCGGUUACGAUAAGAGCCUGGGCGCGAACCCAGAAUCUCUGGCCCUUAACCACUACGCCACCCGGGAGGCGUCUUAAAGUAUUUCUGAUUGAGAAGCUCAUUAGUGGUGGUGAGUUAAAACAAUGUAAUUUUUCGUCACCUCAAACAGAAAGUAAACUAAGUCUGUUUUUAGAAUCAGUUGAGAACGACAAUAGUUCUUUAAAGUAUUUGAACAAUAUUUCCAGUGCUCUCUCUUUCGAUAACCACUCGGCAUUAAAAGGAAAAAUGUAAUGAUCUUAUCCAGUAGAAACGUCAUAAAAUACCUGAUUACUUCUUAUCCUGUGCACAAAUAGCCUACAGCUGUGUUUGUCCCGAGGUAACUGGCGUUGGAAACUGAGGGCACAGAAUCUUAGUCUUAUACUCAACUGGCCCCUCCCUGGAUUUUGUGUUAAACGCUCUACAACAAAGCUUUCUCUGCCCUUAACCUUGUUCUGAACCCCUUCGAAACGAAGGUCAUGUGGUUUGGUAAGAAGAAUGCCCCUCUCCCAACAGGUGUGAUUAUUACCUCUGAGGGUUUAGAGCUUGAUGUAGUCUUCUCAUACAAGUACGUAUGGCUAGAAGUAUGCCUAGAAGGUACACUGUCCUUCUCUCAGCACAUAUCAAAACUGCAGGCUAAAGUUAAAUCUAGACUUGGUUUCCUCUAUCGUAAUCGCUCCUCUUUCACCCCAGCUGCCAAACUAUUCCUGAUUCAGAUGACUAUCCUACCCAUGCUAGAUUGUGGAGAUGUAAUUUAUAGAUUGGCAGGUAAGGAUGCUCUCGAGCGGCUAGAUGUUCUUUACCAUUCGGCCAUCAGAUUUUCCACCAAUGCUCCUUAUAGGACACAUCACUGCACUCUAUAAACUUCUGUGAACUGGUCAUCUCUGUAUACACGUCGUAAGACCCACUGGUUGUUGCUUAUUUAUAAAAACCCUCUUAGGCGUCACUUCUACCUAUCUUGAGAUAUCUUCUGCAGCCCUCAUCAUCCACAUACAGCACCCAUUCUGCCAGUCACAAUCUGUUAAAGGUCCACAAAGCACACAGAUCCCUGGGUCGCUGGUCUUUUCAGUUCGCUGCAGCUAGCGACUGGAACGAGCUGCAACAAACACACAAACUGGACAGUUAUCUCAAUCUCUUCAUUCAAAAACUCAAUCAUGGACACUCUUACUGACAGUUGUGGCUGCUUUGCAUGAUGUAUUGUUAUCUCUAUCUUCUUGCCCUUUGUGCUGUUGUCUGUGCACAACAAUGUUUACCCUGUUUUGUGCUGCUACGACGUUGUGCUGCUACCAUGUUGUGUUGCUACCAUGCUAUGGUGUUGUCUUAGGUCUCUUAUGUAGCUUUGUCUCUUUUUUAUCAUUAUGUGUAUUUUGUCCUAUAUUUAAUGUAUUUUUAAUCAUAGCCCCCAACCCUGCAGGAGGCCUUUUGGCAGGCUGUCAUUGUAAGAAUUUGUUCUUAACUAACUUGCCUAGUUAAAUAACGGUUCAUUUAAAAAAUAUAUAUAUUUUAAUAGUUUCAUGUUUGGUAGAGCAAGUUUCAGGCGAUACAGUUGAUUGUUGUUACAAUAUUUCAAGUUUUUUUACAGACAAGUCAUGGGUAGCCAAUGUGAUUAAUAGAAUAUUUAUUUUUAUCAGGAUAUUUUCUACCUGCUGGCUACAAUGUUUUUAUGUUUUGUGUUUAUGUAGGCAAUUUUUACAUAGUUGGCAAUGGCAAGUUUACUUUUAGAUUUGUAUAAUUUUCAUUUAGAUUUAGAAUGUAGAUUACUGAUUGAGAUACUAGAUGCAACUGUUCCACAAAUAUAUGCAAAUCACAACUGGCACUCAGAUUGGUAAAAUUUGGAAGAUAAAUUGGCACUCCAAAUGAUAAAGGUUGCUGACUGCUGGUGUAGCCUAUUUAUUACAGGCAACUUCAGGAGCAUAAUGGCCGAAUCUGUGAAGGCCAGCAGCAGCGGGAGGAGCAUUGAACUGUUUUUUACAUUUUUUUAUCUUUGGCUCCCUCUUGAGUAAUAUGUGUCAUAAUUAUUUAAUCAAACAGCCUGCUUAAAGGAUCAGACAAGUUCAGUACAUAUAGCCUAGUUUAUUUUAUUAAACACUGUUUUAUAUCUACAGUACCAGUCAAAAGUUUGUUUACACCUACACAUUCAAAGAUUUUAUUUUAUUACUAUUGUCUACAUUGUAGAACAAUAGUGAAGACAUCAACUAUGAAAUAACACAUCGAAUCAUGGGGUAACUAAAACGGUGUUAAACAAAUAAAAAACAUUUUUUUA